AUGUACGCGCACUUGCAAGUCGAUUACGAGGAGUACGCGUCCACGUCUUCGUCGAAACACCACGGGUAUAAAACCGAAGUUUCCGAACGGAAUAAACACAUAAGGGAGUUGGAGGACAUCGAACACGCUUUGGCGAAAAUUUACGCCGAAAUCGAUUGCGGAGACCAAGUCGCGGAUUUAAUCGGAGAUAAAGACGUCCAGAAACGCAUUAAAGAGUUAGACAGGCGAGGGAAAACGAUGAAAGGGGAGAAGUAUUUGACGUACCCGGAGAACGCGAGGUAUUUUUUAGACGAGAAAGGAGGGGGAAGCAAAGACGGAGAGGAAGACCGAUUGAAAUUGGAAGAGGCGUUGAAAACGUUCGUUUUAGACGACGACGAAGACGAAGCGAAUCCGCUGGCAAUGACUCCAUCAUCUCUCGCGGAACGAGCCAUGGAUAUGCCUUUAGUUGCCGUUCGUCGAAAAGGUAAAGACAACGACGACGCGAAGAUGUACAUGGUGAAAAGCACGAAACGUCCGCCGAAAAGGAUGGUGCACGAUUUUACCAUCGGGCGUCUGCCGGAUCGAAGAAUCGAGGACGAGGAGUUGGACGAAGAGAAUGCGGGGGAGUUUGCGUAUCGCGAUUUGGAAUCAAUCGAUUAG